UACUUCUGCUAACUAUAUGCCUUUUUGCUUCAUACCUUGAGUUGGAAUCCGUUCUUCUACUGCAAUCCGUUCUUUCAUUUCUAGCAUCUAUCCUCCCCUAUCCCUACUCCUCCCUCCUGGUUCGUCAUGUCGCUGGCAGCCUCAGCUGCAUUGAAAGCGCUAAGCUUUGCUGCGCCGAAUAUUCCUGAUAAAGUGUUCGAGAUGGUCCCGGGUGGGUAUUACAAGUCCAAAGACAAGGAAAAGGAAAAAGAAAAGGAAAGAGACAAGCAUCGGAAGCAUAGGUCCAAGAGCUAUGACCGAAAAUAUCGAGACCGGCGCCAUCACCGAGGACAUGGGCGGAGCGACCAUGAAGAUGAACGACGACGUCAUAGGCGUCGAAGUCAUCAUGCCCCUCGCCACUAUGAUUCGGACGUAGAAGCCUCUUCUGACGAGUAUAGUGAUGAGGAAGAGCGUGUUGGUUCACCGCGAAGAAGCCGAAGACAACGGCAUGAACGCCGCCGAGCCAAAUCUGUGGACGCCAGAUACCGAGCAAGCUCAUAUCCUGCAAACGACGCUUAUGGGUUGCCACCUCAUGGGUCACAACCAUACCAACCCUACGACCAACAACAGCCGCCGUAUGGAGGAUAUCCGGCAGCGCGGGGGCAGCAGAGCUCAGCAUCAUCUCCUAUUUAUCGGUCACGGCCAUUCGAUCCCCUAUUUCCGAAUUCGGCAAGGCGAACGAACCAAGCAUAUAGCGACUCGACUGCGCAUGCACAACAUAAUACCUAUGAACCGUACAAACCAGCCGGCUAUAUACCACACCCACAACGCAAUUCCUCCCCUGGAGGUUACCGCCAGAAUUCUGUCCUACCUUAUCCUGUCCACCUGGUCGACCAGGGAGCUCCGAAGCAGGGGCCGAUCCAAGGGGCAAUGCCUUACAUCCCAUACAGUGAUGUGUAUGGCUUAGGCGGUGGGAGUCAGCGUGCUCAUAGUGGCGCAUCCAGUCAAACAGAGUAUAUGUCUCCGGAAGCGACGACCGCGUAUGCUCCGCCGGAGCAGCGUCCGUCACCCCUUCGUAGGAGGUCGUCCCUGUCUCCAGGAGGGUAUGGUGGACCUAAUCGUCGCCGCGGCACCGCCAAUCCGCCGGGAGCAUAUCGAUACUCCAAUCCUCCCGUCGCAAACAUGUCAUCUCAGGAUCCGCGCUUCAAGGACCCCGGUCGGGGCUCUCCCGCCCCGGAUAUCCCUCAUGCGCGUAGCCACUCCAUUAGCACCAUCGAUUCUCGGGCCGUCACUCCGUAUGCGCCUCCGCCAGGUCCGGUCAGGCUCGACAAUGCCGUGUCCGGCUACCCGUACGCAACUGGGUACCCGGUGGCGCCAGCAGCCGGUUCUCUUGAGUCCCAGAAGAAGCAUCAUCAUCGAAAGGGCAGCGGGUCUCUUUCGGACAAGUUCCAUAACUUUAACCUCAAAGACAAGCUCACGGAACAUCCGGAAACCAGUGGCGCGGCCCUCGGUGCGCUUGCUGGAGGGGUCCUUGGCUCCGAGAUGGGGAAAGGAAACCCGUGGAGCACCAUGGUCGGAGCAGCUGUGGGCGGCGUCGGUGGGAGAGAGAUGGGUGUACACGUACACAGUCGGAACCGAGACAGCAGGGGGGAGACAAGCAAGAAGGAGGAUAGUGAGGAGUCGAAGGAUCAUCUGGACAAGGUCGGCGACCUUCGAGGGAGAGGGAGGAAGCGGCGGAGACUGGACGGUGAGGAUGAUUCUGAGGGAGAAGGGUAUAGAAGCUUCUGAAAGUGAGGCCAGCCAUUACCCGAGUGGCAAGAUCAAGGCGAAUAUGGCUUCAUUCUUUUGAAGUUAGAGGAUAUGAUCGUUUAUGGUGUUUGAAUCAGUAUGACACCGAAAUUGCAUAGCGAAUUGUUGGGGGCCAAAUUGUUGGGGCUAAACCGCUACAUUGUUGUUCUAGCUAUUGUUAGUCGAGCCAUUGUUAUCACAAAGUCGAGGCCUUGUUGAGCAUGACGUUGAGGACCUCGCAAAUGCAUUGAAGCGGUUUGCUCUGUGACGUUCAAUCACAGUGAUAGAUCAUCCACAUGGCCGGAAUCUUCACCACCCCUCUGA